CUCCCAGCCUGCCCCAGGGGCGCGUCCGCCCUCUCCAGCCCAGCUAAGGGAGGGGUUCAGCAGCUGAAACUGCGCAUGCUCCGUGCGAACCCCGGUGGGGGAGGGAGAAUAAAGCUGCAACUGCCGCCUCGGUGUGAGCCGCCCUUCUUGCCCUGCCAGGGCUGCAGAAUUACGUCCAUGUUUUUCUCCAGCUCAUCCUAUCCUCCCAUGACACAGGGAAGAGAAAUGGCUGCAGUGGAGCCAGCUCAGGGGCCGGUAAUCUUCGAGGAGGUGGCUGUGUAUUUCACCAGUGAAGAGUGGGCUCUGCUUGACCCCACUCAGAGAGCCCUCUACUGGGAUGUCAUGCAGGAGAACUAUGAGAAUGUGACCUCACUGGGGUUUCCAGUUUCCAAACCUCACAUAAUCUCCCAGCUCGAACAAGGGGAAGAGCCAUGGGUUCCAGACCUCCAGGGUUCAGAGGAAAGAGAGAUCUUGAGCUUUUCCUGCACAGGUAAGGAAAGAUUAAACCAACUCAGAAUCUCAGGUGAUGAAAUGGUAUGUGAGAAAGAGGAGCAGAAUUCUCAGCAGGAAAAUGUUGAGCAAGUGGCUAAACACAGAGAAUUAUUGCAAAGAUCGAAAAGGCAUGUGUCCAGGAGUCAUGAGCAGAGAAAAUCCCAUGAGAUUCAGCACAGACCAGAAAGAGAGCAAGGAAACCAGCCAGCGGAGAAAAUGGGUAAAUUUAUUUCCUGUCGGGGAACUCAGAAGAGCGUCAAGGAAACCACAACACAGCAGGAAAUCCUCAUGGGAAAAAGGGAAAAUACAUGCAGUGAGUGUGGAAAAACCUUCACUUCAAGCUUAGCCCUUUCUGUUCAUCAGAGAAUCCACACAGGGCAGAGGCCUUAUGAAUGUCAUGAAUGUGGGAAAUGCUUCACUCGCAGCACAGGCCUUUCUCAACAUCAGAGAAUCCACACAGGGGAGAAGCCCUAUGAAUGCCGUGAGUGUGGGAAAGGCUUCACUCUCCGCUCAAGCCUUUCUAAACAUCAGAGAAUCCACACAGGGGAGAGGCCCUUUCAUUGUGGUGAGUGUGGGAAAACAUUCACUGACAGAUCAGUCCUUUCUAAACAUAAGACAAUUCACACAGGGGAGAGGUGCUAUAAAUGCAGAGAGUGUGGGAAAAGCUUCACUCAGAACUCUCACCUUACUAGGCAUCAGAGAAUCCACACACAGGAGAGGCCCUAUGAAUGUCAUGAGUGUGGGAAAAGCUUCUCUCGCAGCUGUCACCUUACUGGGCAUCAGAGAAUCCACACAGGAGAGAGGCGCUGUGUAUGCAGUGAGUGUGGGAAAAGCUUCACUCACAGGUCUCAACUUACUAGGCAUCAGAGAAUCCACACAGGGGAGAGGCCCUAUGAAUGCCAUGAGUGUGGGAAAAGUUUCACUCGCAGCUCAGGCCUUUGUCACCAUCAGAGAAUCCACAGAGGGGAGAGGCCCUUUGAAUGCAGUGAGUGUGGGAAAACCUUCAUUCAGCGCCAGCAGCUUAGUAGUCAUCAGAGAAUCCACACAGGUAUGAGAACCAAUGGAAGCAGUGAGUGUGGGAAAAGCUUGUCUUGCCACUGAGCCUAUGUGAGCCAUCAGAGAAUCUGCAAGGAGGAUCAACACCAUAAAACCCUCUAGGGCUAUCAAUACUUUAAUACUUUCCUGGUUCCCACAUAGUAACUUUUAAAAACUGUUUGAAGCACCGAUAUCCCUCAGCUUGUCCAGAUGAGUGAGUCGCCCAUUUUUGCAGUUUGACCUCUUUGAGGUGGACUCAUUUGUCCUUUCUAUCAACUCCAUUCUCCCAGGAGUAAUUCGAGUGUGCCCUUCCUAUCAGGAACCAGGAAGCAUCACAUUUAUACCAUUCCUCCUAUUGCAAAGUUCUUGUUAGAGUCACCAGUGAUACAGAUUGUAUCAUUGCCAAUUAUUCUCAUGUUGUGCUGAAGAGCAGUUGUAAUGGGAACUUUCAUAUUACAUUUAAAUGAAGAGGAGCAGGGGCAGGAAAAAAGUGUCAUUUCAGCCUCUGUGAUACUGGAAGGAGAUGUAAAAAGCAACACAGAGUCCUGUGGCACCUUGUAGACUAAAAUAUGUAUUGGAGCAUAAGCAAUAUACAAAAACAUGUAGAAGAACAC